GCUUCCGGCCACGUGGCUAGGCGCAUGCCCAAUGGAAAAGCUUGACGUAAGCCCCGCUUCCUCACCCUGGCAACGGGCGGGUGACUACUUCCGGUGCUGUGAGGGCUCGGGGCUGACGCGGGGUAAUUCUUCUCCUGCAAUUACUUUUGGAUGGAAGUAUGCACUUUCCCCAAUAGAAGAUGGUAAUCUCAGAGAAUGACCAUGGAGAAGGGGAUGAGUUCUGGAGAAGGGCUGCCUUCCAGAUCAUCUCAGGUUUCGGCUGCUAAAAUAACAGUCAAAGAGUUGGAAACAAAGCAAUCCCAUAAGGAGAAGCGAGGGGGCUUUGUGUUGGUACAUGCAGGUGCGGGUUAUCAUUCUGAGUCCAAAGCCAAGGAAUAUAAACAUGUAUGCAAACGAGCUUGUCAGAAGGCAAUUGAAAAGCUACAGGCUGGUGCUCUUGCUACAGAUGCAGUGACCGCAGCUCUGGUGGAACUCGAGGAUUCUCCAUUUACAAAUGCAGGAAUGGGAUCUAAUCUAAAUCUCUUGGGUGAAAUUGAAUGUGAUGCCAGCAUAAUGGAUGGAAAAUCCUUAAAUUUUGGAGCUGUUGGAGCACUGAGUGGAAUCAAGAACCCAGUCUCAGUUGCAAACAGACUCUUGUGUGAAGGGCAGAAGGGCAAGCUCUCGGCUGGCCGAAUUCCUCCCUGCUUUUUAGUUGGAGAAGGAGCCUACAGAUGGGCAGUAGAUCAUGGAAUACCCUCUUGUCCUCCUAACAUCAUGACCACAAGAUUCAGUUUAGCUGCAUUUAAAAGAAACAAGAGGAAACUAGAGCUGGCAGAAAGGGUGGAAACAGAUUUCAUUCAACUAAAGAAAAGAAGACAAUCAAGUGAAAAGGAGAAUGACUCGGGCACUUUGGACACAGUGGGCGCUGUAGUUGUGGACCACGAAGGGAACGUUGCUGCUGCUGUCUCCAGUGGAGGCUUGGCCUUGAAGCAUCCAGGGAGGGUUGGACAGGCUGCUCUGUAUGGAUGUGGCUGCUGGGCUGAAAACACUGGAGCUCAUAAUCCCUACUCCACAGCUGUGAGUACCUCAGGAUGUGGGGAGCAUCUUGUGCGUACCAUACUGGCUAGAGAAUGUUCACAUGCUUUACAAGCUGAAGAUGCUCACCAAGCACUGUUGGAGACUAUGCAAAACAAGUUUAUCAGUUCACCUUUCCUGGCCAGCGAAGAUGGUGUGCUUGGAGGAGUCAUUGUUCUCCGAACUUGCAGAUGUUCUGCAGAGUCUGACUCCUCCCAAGAUAAGCAGACACUUCUAGCUUGCCUUUACUGUGUUGGUGGGAGCCUCACAGACCUUGUGAAGUUCAAGGGUCCCUGCUUGAGAAUGGUUACUAAGAAGCAUGGAAUUUCUGUGGAGCCACACGACAGAGAGCAUGUGUGUUGGAUACAUGUCAGCCCAGGAUGGGAAAGCCAAGGUUUGAAAUGAAUACGUAAUGGAAUGAUGCAGUGCCAGGAAGCUGGAGCCUGGGUUUUCCCUCCACUCUGCACACUUGGUGUGAUCACUCUGCUUCUUGGGAUCUCAGGAGCCUCAUCUGUAAAAUGAGAAUAAGAAUACCUUAUUAUGCCUAAGUCCUUUCUGGGAGAAGGUAUGAUAACAACAAAGAAACAAAAUCUGUCUCUGAAUACAGAUGACUGGACCCUAUUAACUCCUUGAUGUAUCUAUAUAUCUAUAUCUAUAUCUAUAUCUAUAUCUAUAUCUAUCUAUAUCUGUCUAUAUAUCUAUAUCAUAGAUAUAUUGUAUAUAUUAUAGAUAUUUGCAUAUAUUAUGACCCCCUAGAUAUUUGCAUUUAUUAGCACCCCUAGAUACUUGCCUCCAAUAUGCAAAAUUCUAAAUUCUGCAUUCCAGAUUACAUAAGCAGAUAUGAUUCUCAGUAGAAUUUUUGCAAUCUGAAUGUUGUAUUUACUGUUUUGUCUUUUUUGAAGAUAGUUUCUGAGGCUUAAAAAAAAAUAAACAUCUAUAUAAAAGGAAUAGAACAUAUGGGAUUUCUGAGAGUUUUUUGUUAGGCUUAAUGUACCUCUCAAAUAAAGUCUAGGAGGAAGACAAAUACAAAAUGUGAGGCAGACAAGAAGGAGUUAUCAAAGGAAUUGAGAAAGAAAUUUCUACUCCCAGUUAGGAUGAAGAAAGUCACAAGAGACUUGCUCCUACUCCCAACAAUGAGAAUGAGCUGGAUAAACUAUAAAAUCAUAAAUUUAAAAAACCAUCCAAAAAGCUGAAUAUGCUAGAAAAACCUGAAUGAACUAAGUCCCAGAAAGAGACAAACCUUUUUUAGGAGAGAAUAAAAACUCUUGACUGGUUUAUUUCUGGCAGAACAUCAGGAAGAAGAGUAAAACUGACAUAGAAGAAUAUAAAGAGAAACCAGCCCAACUUUUAAUGAACUGUUUAUGGCCACAUGUGUGACAGCUUAAAAUCCUAAGAAGCCCCAGUCACAGGGUGAGUCUCACACCCACCACCAGUUCUUCCCUAUGAAGCCUUCACCAAGUGAACACACCAAAGGCUUGGAGCAUGGUAAAGAACUGAGUGAUUCAUCAAGGAGUGUAGGAUUUUCACCAAGUACAUGGCAGUGGCCAAAGAAAGACUGGAGAUAGAGCAAGAGAGCUGAGAGACAUCUCCCUGAGGUAUAGUGGCCCUUUAUCAAGUGCAAGGCAAUUGCAAGAGAAGGCUGGGAUAAAGCAAAAGAAAUGAUAAGAAACCUCCCUUAUUUCUGCAAGGUGCACAGGACCUUCAUCAAGGGCAAAGCAGUGUACUAAUGAAUGCUAGUGCCUGGGGAACAGGGUGAAGAAAUAAGCUAUGGCAUGGAAACCUGGGGGAGAUUAUCAAGAGUAAAGAGAUCACCUAAGCAUCCCAGAAAUCUGGUGGCUGGGCUAUAAACAAAGAGAAAUAUCCCAUGAUUAGAAUACUGGCAGCUGGAUUAUAAGACAUAGAGUAGUCUUCAGAGUCUAAUCAGGGCUCAGAUCCCAGACUUUGCUUAAGGGAGAUCCCUGAUCCAGACCUCAGAAUAUUAGCCAAGAGUGAACUGAAUCUAAACCUACCACAAAGCCCAGAACCAGUUCACUAGAGAUUAGACUGAUUCACAGUCCUAACCUAUGGGAAGAGGGUGUGCCAUUUUCUUAGGAUAAAUAAUAUCCAUGUUAAAUAUAAUUUACUAUUAUUUUACACGCAGUGUCUAUCACACAAUUAAAAUUGAGUCCUCUGAAGAAACAGAAAAAAAUUAAUGGAAACUUAUCCAUAGAUGACCUGGAUGUUGGAAUUAGCAGAGAAGGAUAAUAAAAUAAUUAUGAUAACUACAAAAAGAAAUAACAAAAUGGAAAUGGUAUAAUGGAAAAAUACAACAUCAGAAAUAAAGUACUUAUUUGAUGGGCUUAACAGGAAAUUGGGGUGGAAAAUAUGAUUAGUGAACUUGAGAACCAUUCAGUAGAAACUGUCCAAAGUUAAACACAAAGAAGAAAAUGAAUCUAAGAAACUGAAACGAGUGUCUGACCUAUGGAACUAUCACAAGUGGCCUAAAAUGUGUACGUUUGGAUUAAUGUAGCUGUGAAGUUCUUAUGUUAGUAUUUGAAUGUAGUUUGAGGUAAAUGUGCUUAUUUAAUUUCUAGAGCAACAAAUUUAAGCAUAACAAAAAAGUUGUUAAAAAAAUCAAUGCAAGACAUAUAAGAAAGUAUACUACAAAAUAUUAACCAAAGAGUUGGUAGGAAAAGAGGAACAGAAAAACAUAUAACAUAAAACAAAUGCUAUAAGACUUAAGUUCAAUUAUAACAAUAAUUACAUUAAAUGUGAAUAAAGUAAACAUUCAAUUUAAAAGGCACAGAUUUUCAGAUUGAAAAAAAUUUCAGAAGACCCAUCCAUAUGGUGUUUAUAAGAAGUAGACAAAAUUAGUAGUAUAAAGAUUCAGACAAAAUUAGUAGUGAGAUUGUAGAAAAAAAUGUAUCUGCAAACACUAAGCAUAAGAAAGUUGGUAUGGUUAUAUUAAUGUCAGGCAUAGGAAACAUUCUAAGGUGAGGCAGCAUAUUUCAUAUUGAUAAAAUGGCCAAUUCAUUAAAAGAAGACAUAAAAAUUCUAAGGAUGUAUGUACCGAGUAAAGGAAGUAAAAAUUGAGAGAACUAUAGAGAAGGAAUCAACAAAUCUACAGUGUAGUUGGGAAUUUUAACAUUCCUCUCUCAGUAAUAAGUAGAAUAAAAAUCAGUAAAUAUAUGAACAGCACUAUGAUCCAGCUUGACUUAAGCAAUAUUUAUAGAUUCCACACUCAAUAAGCUAUUCUUUUCAAGUUUACAAGGAAUACUCACCAAAAGAAAUUGGAAAUUACUUCAAAUAGAAUGAUAAUGGAAAUAUCUUAGAAUUUAUUGUAUGCAAUGAGAACACUAAAAGAAAAAGUGUGUCCUUAAAUGCUUAUAGCAGAAAAUUUAAAUAAAUGAGUAAAACUUCCAUCUUAAGAAGAUUUAAGGAAAGUAAAUACAAAAUAAUCAAGAUUAAAAAGUAAAAACAGUGAUGUAGAAAA